AAUCCAAAACAAAUAUUUCACAUAUAUCCACAAUUUAUGUUUUAAAUGUUAUGGUGUAAGCUUUGAUGAUAUAAGCAAUUAAACAAAAAUACCAAAUUUUAUUCACCCUACCGUAAUCCUUAAGUUUUGCUCCUUGAUUUGUGUUGUUUGUAGCAUAUAUAGAAAAAAUGUCUGCAGCAGCAAGAGGAUUAACUACAGUGACAACCACCUUAACAGCUUAGCAAAAAAUUGAAAUCACGAACAAAAAAGUCAUCAACAAACAUAUUUGAUAAAGCAACCACAAAAGGGCAAUCUCUGGAACCUUAGCUUUGUCAACGACAUCGUUAAAGUUGCUCUUCGCGGGAAAUUGAGUCAACGGAAAAGUAUUUAUUAUACGUCUCAACGUUUUAAAGCGGCUCAAUUUUCCAUUUUUCAAAAACAAACAAGAUUUUUGACUGAAAAAUCAUUCCACAGCACUGUACUUAUAUUUCUCAACAACAUCAACGUUACUCUAAAAACCCAUCACGAAUGUUAAGUAAUCAAAAACUUGUGAUAUGUGAAGCAACCAACAAAACGUAAAAACUCAAAGAAAGCAAAACAUCAAAAACCAACAAAAAAAGAAAAUUCCACAAAAAAAACCAAGAAAAUUUCGUCAGAAAAAAAAUCAAACAAACAUUUUCUCCAAAUCAAAUAAAAGUCAAUAUACUUUGCAUAGCAAACUACUUUUGUAAGAAACCAAUCAACUAUCAUCACAUUUUCUAAACAAACUUGGCUUUAAAUGACAGUUUUGGUUAUAUGUAACUCUAAAUUAGUUUUAAUAAUUUUUCGAAUACCAAAAAAAAAACAAAAACCAAAUAGUAGUCAAAUGUUUUUAUUUAAAAUAUAAAAAUCAUAAACACUACGAUCUACAAUUAGGGGAAAACAACAAACGCUUCUUCAUAGGAUUAAAUUACACUUAUUUUUAGUAACUGGAAACCCCAAAAACAAAAAUAAAGGACAAAAAGAGUAUAUAUUUUUUUCCUUGGGGAAAAUAUUAUGGAUAAAACGCCAACUCUACACUUUAAAGGAGUUGGAAAGAUACUAGAAAUUGUGAAACAAACAACCGCCUCACCAGCCCACAAGACCAACUCAUCGUCAUCUACUUCAACCUCGCCCACUUCUGAACCCUUAAAUACAUUCGACUCAUCUCAACGCUGUACCAUUCCCAAAUCGACGAAACGUUAUAGACUUCAUCGAUCUACGGAUAAUUUUGAUGAUGCUGAUGCAGAGAAUUUACUAAAUUCCCCCAAAGCAACAGCAGCCUCAACAAAAACCUCCAGUGUCCUCAGCGUAAUGGGUGGAGGUUUUGUGACACCUCCGACAGCUGCAUAUACCAAAAGCUACAUCGACAGUGCUGCAACCACGGUAGCAAUAUUAACUAAUCUAAGCAACGAAACAAAACGCCCAGAAGCGAAUUCUGCAUCCAACUCGUCAUCAUCUUCGUCGCCGCCACCGGCUCCGCCUGCUGAGAACGAGGCUUCACCAAUGCACGAAAAAUUGUUGGAAAACGACGGGUGUGAUAAAAAUCCCCCGACAAAGACUGAGAAAGUAAAGCACAAACCUCACAAAGAAUCCAAAUUCGCCGAGAAGCUAAGACGAAGCUUUCGCCGAGCAGAGCACAAGUCGCUGGAAAUAAAGAGGCAGGAUAAAAUCGACACAAAUGUAAUUCAAGAGCGCAGUGGCAGUCUGAGACCUCUGCACCAGCAACUGCACAAUUCGGCCUCCAUUUUCUCGCUGACCAAUCUUCCUGGCCUGGGGGGCCAUAUCAAUCCAGCCCUGCUGUUAGAUAGUCCCGACGAAAGCACACCGCCCGAGUUUGCCUAUCGCCACUUGAGUAGUGUAGCCACCACCAACUCUAGCACAUCCUUGGAAAGCAAUUUCUGUGAGAGUCCCACCACGAGUAUUAGCUAUUGGGCGUGGCAUAUGAAUAACAACAAUAUGGGGUCAGAAGUGAGUACUAAUAGCAAUGCCAACUCCAAUCAAACUAGUGGCAACACAACCAACCCGGCCAAUCGUAACUUAAAUGCUUCCACAGAUGCAGGAGGCGCAGGUUCUGGGUCUGGAGGCCGUUCUAAACGCUUGGAACAGCAGAGUAGCAGCAAAAGUGAUCAAUGUGAUCAUCCUGCGGUUACGGCCGAUAGUCGCAGCUGCAGUACGGCCAGUGAGAGCAGUACUGCGGCCAAAUUAACUCGCCUGCAAAAUUUCCUCUUCAAGUCCAGCAAUGAAAGCUCGCGCAGCAUACAGGGUCAUUCCAAUGAAGGCUUUACAGUGUCCUCCUUUAAUUCUUCCUCUGGAGAAUGGGAAAAUCUCUGCAACUUUCCCUCGACCAGUCAAAAUGUUACCCUGAAUGAUGAUAUUACCCAAUUUCCCUUGGCCACGGAGGAGGAGAAACCGGCUGCAAGACGCGAAAGCCUAAGUGAAUCCAAUGGUUCGCUGCGUAACUACUACCAAUACACUUUGGCCUCACCGAGCAAUCCAUUUCUACCGGAAAUCACCGCUCGCACCUAUCACAGUACCUAUGAGGAGGCCGAAGAGGAUAGGGAAAUCGAGGAUGAAUUGGAUUCCAAUGUGACCUCCGUUAAAUACUGCAUUGGCUCGCAUUCGGCCCAAUUACCCACACCUAAUUAUAGUCGUACCGGCUCGCAAGAGUCCACACACAGUGAAUAUGGAGCCUAUGGCGGGGGUGGUGCCGGUAGUGCGGGGGCAGGCGGUUCAAAUGCUGGCCACUAUGAUUCAUCAACUUCAUCACUGGGCACUUCUACGCCGGGCAAACAUAAGCGCAAGCUCUUCAGUUUGUCCACACCAACCAAACUGGACUUUCCCACAACACAAGCACAUACACAAACACCAACGGCAAUAUCAAAUACCAACAAUAGCCCUCAUUUGUACAGCAGUAGUCAUCAACAACAUCACAAUCAGCCACCAUCACCCACGCCUUUAGCUCACAGCAAUAUGGCAAAGACAUCAUCAUGCAAUCUAGUAAGAAGCCUAAAUCCCUUUCUGCCUUCCACCACAGUCACCUCCUCCUCACCGCCGCAACGUACCUCAUCGUCGAGCAGUCUCAACAAACAACAACGCACGGGACCACUGAAACAGCAGGCUGUUACCUCACCCAUUGCCAUACCUAUGGCAUCCGCCUCCCCAUCUUCGGCCAUGUCAGUGGGCUCCUCGGCAACUUUGCGAGAUCUCAAUGCUAGGCGUGAAGAAUUUCUCAAGGCCACCAUGCAGAUAUGUUUGGUCGUGUCACCGCCUUCCACACGAUUGCAGUUAAAAUCCAAAAGUCUUACGCAUUUAGAUGGCUUGGAAUCGGAAAUGGUUUGCCAAAAUGCAAAAAAUUCCAAUGUUGUUUCCAGUUCCGAAUAUUUUUUGGUCAGUUUUUGCACAGAAACCGGUUGCCAAGAUGAAGAAUUCUUUCCUGCCACCAAAGGUGUAACCCUGGCAAACGCUUUAAGCCAAGCUUUAAGAAAACGUAAUUUAAGUUUCACACAAUUAACAAUAACAGACAGUAAUGACAAUAAUCAACCAUCAGCAUUUUUAGAAGCAGGAUCUUCACCCUUACAAACUUCCUUGGAUGAGAAUACAGAAGUGGAAAAUUUAGCCGGCCAUCAUUUGUAUGUUACUGAUAAGGAUAGUAGUAGAAAAACUCUGCAGAAAGCAGCCUCUUUUGGUUCCAGAGCUCGACCGCCCCGCCUUUUAUCUUCCGCUUCCACAGACGAGUCUUCAGAGCUCAAUAUCACCGGCAAACAGCCCAAACAACGUUGGUCCGGUCUAUUUGGAGUGAAAAAUCCCCAACAAAGUCAACUGUGUGAGCUAUUGAAUAACUAUUCCAAAAAUGGUGUACCCCAAAAGACUCCCGCCACUUUGAACUUUAAUCAUCACGAUAUGGACAAUGCCAUAGAGUAUUUGGAUAGCAUGCACAAAUCAUGGAUGGACAUUGUGGAGUGCGGCUCCAUGAAUGAAAGUGAGAUGAGAGUACAGACUGCCAUAUGGGAAUUGGUGACAACGGAAGUGGACUACAUCCAUUGUUUGCAGACGGUAACGGAUCUUUUCUUAGCCUGUUUGGAGUCCGUCCAAGAGGAGGGCCUUCUCAAAGAAGUCGAUCAGCAUCGCUUGUUUGCCAACAUACGCGACAUCUGCGAAGCUAAUUUGAAAUUUUGGACUCUGUAUCUGUAUCCUAUGGUGGCGCGCAGCAUUCAGACGCGUGAACCAUUACGCAUUUCCUUCUUCCAACAGGGCUUUUUAGCCUUUGCUAAUAUUUUUGCUCCCUAUAAGAAAUAUUGUGCAGAACAAAGUACCUGCCAAUUCUAUUGCAAGGAAUUGAAUCGUACAAACUCCCUAUUCACUUCAUAUUUGGCAUGGUGUGAAGCCCAAAAGAUGUGCAAUCGCUUGCGAUUGGCUGAUAUUUUGGUGCGACCAAUGCAACGUCUGACAAAGUACAGUCUACUGCUGGCGGCUAUUAAGAAACAAAUGACGGACAUCGAUGAAAUCGAGUCUGUGGAAACGAUGCUACAUACCACCGAUCUUUUUGUAUUUAGUGUUAAUAAUCACUUAACCACAAGACAAGAAAAUGAACGCUUAAAAGGAGUUAUGGCUCGCAUAGAAUCAUAUGACGUGGUGGACACCAACAAUGAAAACCUAGAAAAGAUGAUCAAACAAUACAGUCAAAUGUUUGAUCUUUGUGGUCCCAUGAAAGGCUGUGCCUCUCAACAUGUUCGUCAUCUCUUCAUGGAGGGCGAUCACAAAUACAAAGACAAUCUCGGCAAAGCCGAUGUGCAUUGUUUCUUGCUCACCGACAUGUUAUUGGUGUGCAAGUCCAUAGCCAAGAAAGGUCUGGGCACUUUGAAAGUGAUACGGCAACCCUAUCUCACCGACAGGCUCGUUGUGAAACAUUCCAAUAAUAUUCUAAGCUGUGUUUACUUAAAUGAAUUCCAAGUAGCUGUUAAUGCCUUCACCCUCCACUGUUCCGAGGCAAAGAAUUGGUAUGAGGCGUUGAAAAGGGCCAAAAUGAUUUAUACACGCCUCAAACAAACCAGCAACAGUUCGAUGGCCAUGAAUUGGGAUACUAUGCGUUAUGGUGGUAGUAUGAUCAGUGCGGGCACUGUCGACUCUUUGGGAGUUAAGAAAUCUCCCUUAAAUUCAUCCAUAUGUAGUCAUGUGACAAGUGCUAAUAAUAGUCACAGUGGUUCGGUGGAAUGGAAUGAAUCGCGAAAUAUAUCCGUGGAGUUUGAUAAGACCAAUUCAUUGUCCAGUGAUGAAGGUUGUACUUAUUUGGGUGCUCAUGGUUUCCCUUUGAAAGGUAAACCCUUAACCACCAUUAGUCCACAGAAAAUGAAAGUUAAUACCAGUUCCUCUAAUACAUUGACGGUGCAGCCCAUCAACCAUUUGGGCCAAAGUUUACCCAAUUUAAAUUUACAUCACAGUCACACUAAUCUUUACCAUACUUAUAGUAAUAAUACCCUAUUGGUACCGGGUGCAGCCAAUACCAGCAGCACACAAUCGGGUAAUUUACUAUUAUCGCCUAGUCAUCGGGGUAUCUCAUAUCCACCACCGAGUCCAACGAGAGUUCCAUUGAAACGUGGCAUGGCAUUCUCCGGCUCCAUCAAAUAUCCACCACUAAUCAAGACACGCAAUAUUACAUCACAGAAUAGUAUUAACUGGCAUCAAAUACCGGCCACGCCUACACCAACAAGUCCCCAGUCACAGCAUACAUCGCCGAAUCGCCAGGCAUUGGUGCUGACACCGGAUGCGGUUGGUGUAACCAGCAAUAGCAGCAGUAAUCCGGCGGUGAAUACUAUAACGGAAGCAGCUGAGGCGUCGCCCAGCGGAAGUACGGCCCAAUUGUUGCAGCAGGUGCAGGCGGCAGUUAAUCCCAUUAUUUUAUCAACCCAGCUAUCGAAUUCAACGGAAACAGAUGUUUGAUUCUUUUUCAAAAGGAAAAAAAGUAAAUUUUUUAGAAAAUAGUAAAAGGCAGACAUGAAAUGUUGCCUUGAGAAAAUUUUAUAUUCACAUGGUGGAGAUUUUUUUACUACAAUCCUUUGCAAAGACAAAGGACGACAGUAAGACUUAAAUACUUCCGUUUUAAGAAACCAAACAAAAAAGACAAACCACAAAAAUGCUUUCAAAAAAGAAAGAGAAGGAGGGGGAUUUACAAAGAGAAUGCUAAGGAAAUUAACUUAAUAGUUUUUAUAAUCCAUUAAGAAAAAAAUUAAACACACAAACGCAUAUUUGAAAGAAGAAACAAAACAACAAAAUAGUUAUCCAUAAAUUAUCAAAAUAACAUAAUUGAAAUUUUUAACCAAAACCCCAAGGCUAGAGUAGUUAUUACAAAAACAAAAAAAAAUUGUUUUUAAAGUUUAUAGCAAACAAAAAGAAAACCUCUACAUUUUCUAAAAUCUAGAGGACCUAGAUGUUUUUUUAUAACUGCAAAAUAUGGGUCUCCAAAGAAAAAAAAACUCAAACACAAAAACCAGUUAAAACUGUCAUUCUUUUUUUCUAGCAAAAAAGUUCAAGUCAUGUGUCAUAAUUUAAAAAUUUAAUUUUUCAACUACUUUAAAACUUUUCUUUUUGUAAAUUGUAUUUUUUUUCUCUUUAUAUAUAUAAAUAAUUUUUUCCCUUUGUACAUUUUUCUUUAAACCUCUACCUACUUCUACAUAUAUAUACAUACUACAUAUUUUUAAUUUGUUUGAUUAUUAUCAUUAUAUAAUUUUAUAUUGUUUAGAAGACACUUCCCUGAGAAAUCAAAUUAAUUACAAGAAAAAAAAAACAGAACAUAUAAUUCUAAAUUCAAACAGUAUUUAUGUUAUAUAUAUAUUGUAGGGCUAAGUGAUUACACAAAAUUAUUAUCCAAAAAACAAUAAUAAAAUAAAAAAAUUUAUAACACAUUAAUUUCAUACAAAAAGGCGAUAAUUGGGAAAAAGGUUUGUCUAAAAUCUUUAAAAAAGUCUUACAAACAAGAGUUAAUGAAAAUAAAUCAAAAAAUUUUCUAAUUGAUGUUAUUCAUAUCAAAAAAUAUCAAAUGAAAGGUAGCAAGGAAAAUUCAAAAAAAAAAUGAGCACUAAUGACCAUACCAAUGAAAAAACAUUGAAAAAUCAAAAAAAAAUUAACAAGAACUUUGCUUUUUUGGUUUUGUUGUUUCCCGCCACAAAUUGGAACUUUUAUAUUCGAUCAACGGUUUAAAACUUCUGAACAUUUUGUAAAUACUCAAAAAUAUAAAAUUUUUGUUAUAUUUUUAUGCCCACCACUCUAGGAUAGGGGGUAUAUUCGUUUAGUCAUUCCGUUUGCCAGACAAGGAAAUAAACAUUUCCGACCCUACAAAGUAUACAGUUGUGUUCAAAAUAAUAGGCGUGUGCUGCUCUGAAUAACAAAACAUUUGUUUCGUUAUAAUUUAAAAUAUUUCAUUGAAUAAUUUGUAUCCCCAAAAUGAGCCGUUUAAAAUAAUAGGAGUAUUGAUACAUAAUCCAAUACUUUUAAAGCAAAUGUCACAAAAUUUGAAACUGAAGGAAUCGUGAAGGUACCACAGUUCCUCAGGUUUAGGUUUUUAAAAUUUAUCAGCAGAGACUAUCCAGACGGUCAACGUCUGUUAAUUUGUUUUUAAGUCUUACAAGUGGUUUCGGCAGAGACGGCAAACGUCCAGAUACACAGUACAACAUAAAAAGUAGCUGAACAUAAAAUAAGUAAGAAAAUGAGAAUAGCAUAAAACGGGCAUGUAGAUAAAUAGACAAAUGAGUGAUUGUCUUCAAAUAGUUAAACGAAUGUCAUUGUUUUGUAAAAAUAUAUUGAUGGCAAAUAAUUAUACACUCAAACAAAAUGACGGUUCAAAUAUAGCAAAUUUUAAA